AAUUCAAUUUAUUUCAUCAAUACAUCGUCGUUGUUUGAGUUUCCUUCUCUCUCUCUCUCUCUCUGAUUACUCGUCUCUCUCUCUCUCUCUCUCUCUACCGUUGCUUCGUCCUCAGCAUCCUCCACAGGGAGUGUUCGGAGAUGGAACAUUGUGAGACGAAAGACUCGUCGCAAUGUGUGAGAGUAGCGGUGAAUAUCAGACCGUUGGUGACGCCAGAGCUGCUGAUUGGCUGUACUGACUGUAUCACAGUUGUCCCCGGUGAACCGCAGGUUCAGAUAGGUUCGCAUGCGUUCACAUUUGACUAUGUAUUUGGAAGCACAGGUCACUCGUCUUCUCGUAUUUAUGAUGAUUGUGUUGCUCCCAUCGUCGAUGCCCUAUUUAACGGUUACAACGGCACCGUGUUAGCUUAUGGCCAGACUGGAUCGGGGAAAACCUACACAAUGGGGACAAACUACAAUGGACAAGAACACAACGGUGGAAUCAUUCCUAAGGUGGUGGAAACUAUAUUUUCCAGAGUACAUGCAACUAGAGAUUCCACUGAAUUCCUAAUCAGAAUAUCGUUUAUUGAGAUAUUUAAGGAAGAGGUAUUUGAUUUACUGGAUCAGAGCCCACCAGUUGUUUCUCGAGGUGAUGGAGUGUCUCUAGCAAAGCCUGCAGGACCCGCAAGAGUUCCUAUUCAAAUCAGAGAGACUGUGAAUGGCGGGAUUACACUUGCUGGUGUGACGGAGGCAGAGGUCAGAACAAAAGAGGAGAUGGCUUUAUUUCUUAUGCGUGGCGCAUUAUCUCGUGCUACUGGAAGCACUAAUAUGAACAGUCAAUCAAGUCGUUCACAUGCUAUAUUCACAAUAUCCAUGGAGCAAAAGAAAAUUGCUGGAGCUUUUCAUAAUGACAGCGGAGAUGAUAUUCUGUGUGCAAAACUUCAUUUAGUGGAUCUUGCUGGUUCUGAAAGAGCAAAGCGAACUGGAGCAGAUGGGAUGCGUUUCCGCGAAGGUGUUCAUAUCAAUAAGGGACUGCUGGCCCUUGGUAAUGUGAUAAGUGCCUUGGGAGACGAGAAGAAGCGGAAAGAAGGAGGCCAUGUUCCAUAUCGUGAUAGCAAGUUAACGCGUCUGUUACAGGAUUCCCUUGGAGGAAACAGCAAAACAGUCAUGAUAGCUUGUGUAAGUCCUGCAGACACAAAUACUGAGGAGACCUUAAACACUUUAAAGUAUGCAAAUCGUGCUCGCAACAUUCAGAACAAAGCCAUUAUCAACCGUGACCCAAUGACAGCUCAAAUGCAAAGAAUGCGAAGCCAAAUUGAACAACUGCAGACCGAGCUCCUUUUCCUUCGUGGAGAUUCCGGUGGGUCUUUUGAGGAGCUUCAGAUUUUGAAGCACAAGAUCUCUUUGCUUGAAGCAAGCAAUGCAGAGCUAAGAGGGGAGCUUCAAGAACGCCGAAUUGCUUGUGAACAUCUUGCGCAACGUGCUCUCGAUGCUCAGGUUGAAAAAGAUAAACUGAUAAUGAGAAUCGAAUCAGCCAGAAAUGGUAAAUCUUGGGAUGAGAUUGACUCUACUUCAGAUCAGGAUUUUGAUUUGGUGAAGUCAUAUGUAUCGAAAAUUCAAGAAUUAGAAGGGGAACUGUUACGCUUGCAAAAUUUGAAUGGUUCAAAAGUUGUUGAUUGUCUUGAGUUGGAUGAUGAUGCGCUUCACUCCAGAGAUACAUAUUUCACGAAUCUUCAUGAGCUUUCAUCUGGGUCUGGUACGAAAGACGUCGACAUCAAUGGUGAGGCCGAAGACCAGGUAAAAGAGUUGGAACAUUCUUCUCUUCAGGAGAAACUGGAUAUGGAGCUCAAGGAGUUGGACAAAAAACUUGAACAGAAGGAGGCUGAAAUGAAGCGGGUUGCAAGUGUUGACCCCUCAGUUCUUAAGCAACAUUACGAGAAGAAGGUUCAUGAAUUGGAGGAUGAGAAAAGGGCUCUGCAGAAAGAGAUUGAGGAACUGAGGUACAAUCUUGAAAAUAUGUCAUCUACUUCUGACGAAGGUGCUCAAAAGCUGAAAGAGGAUUAUCUUCAGAAGUUAAAUGUUCUUGAAUCACAGGUUGCAGUGCUAAAAAAGAAACAAGAUGCUCAAGCUCAACUCUUAAGACAGAAACAAAAAAGCGACGAGGCAGCAAAAAGACUACAUGAUGAGAUUCAUAGAAUAAAGACGCAAAAGGUCCAAUUGCAACAAAAAAUAAAGCAAGAGUCUGAGCAAUUCAGAUUGUGGAAAGCAUCACGAGAAAAAGAAGUUCUUCAGCUUAAGAAAGAAGGAAGAAGGAAUGAGUAUGAGAUGCACAAGCUACUUGCUUUGAACCAGAGGCAAAAGAUGGUUUUGCAACGGAAGACAGAAGAAGCUUCUAUGGCUACAAAACGGCUAAAAGAGCUAUUAGAAUCUCGAAAGACUUCAUCGCGCGAGACAUCUGCAGCUGGAAACAGCAACGGUCCUGGAAUUCAGUCAUUGAUGCAGACAAUCGAGCAUGAACUCGAAAUCACAGUACGGGUGCAUGAAGUGCGCUCCGAAUAUGAGCGUCAAAUGGAAGAGAGAGCUAGAAUGGCUAAGGAGGUGGCAGAGUUGAAGGAAGAAGCACAAAACUUACGGCAGACAAAUUUAAGUGGUUGCCCUGAGACAAUGUCUCCUGGUGCAAGAAACUCAAGGAUUUUUGCACUGGAAAACAUGCUUGCUACUUCAUCCAGCACCCUUGUUUCUAUGGCAUCACACUUGUCAGAAGCAGAAGAGCGUGAACGGGCUUUUAGUGGUAGAGGCCGUUGGAACCAAGUUCGGUCUCUUGCUGAAGCAAAAAAUAUUAUGAAUUUUCUAUUUAACUUAGCUUCUUCCUCCAGGUGCCAGUUACGGGGUAAAGAAGUGGACUGUAGGGAGAAAGAUUCUGCAAUAAGGGAGUUGAAGGGAAAGAUUGUCAAUUUAAUUAGACAAUUGGAAAUGCAAAAGGCCGCUCUUCUACAGCAGGAGAAGAUGCAUAAAUUAGCUUUGAUGAAGCACUCCACGGACAAUACAGCAAGAUCAGGGAAUUCUGACCUGAAUUCCGGGGAAGCACAUGUGUAUGAUUUGCGGCCCAAGGGGUUGCAGGGGUCCAUGGUUUUUAGCAAUGCAGGGAAUAACAGUCGGUUAUUGGUUGACAUGGACACAUCUGAAUCAGAACAUUCUGACCUCGAUGCAACUUAUGAUGAUGAUGACACUGAGUGGGAAGCUACUGAAAAGCGGAUUGCUAGGAAAAGGAAUUCUAAAACUGAUGGCCGUAUAGGAGCACUUUCGCAUCCAAUAGAAAUCAGUGAUUCUGAAAGUUUGAAAACCGAGGCUUCUGACGAAAGAACGACAGCUGUAACUCAGAAAACUACUUCUGGACUUUGUUGCACCUGCAGUAGAUACUCGUUGUGCAAGACAACGAGAUGUGAAUGCCGAGCUGGUGGAGGAAGUUGUGGGGUCUCAUGCAACUGUAUAUCCUCUAAAUGCAGCAAUAGAGAAGCUACUCUAACCAAAGCCUUGGAUUACUUGCCGCAUUCAGAACUGGGUGAUUGCAAUGAUGAAACAGAUAGGAGCCAAAAUCUUGCUUCAGAAGGUGCAAAGCUACUUCAGAGUGCAUUAGCUGAGAAGCUUGUUGAUGCAAAUGAGGGGAAUGAGCCAAGAAGGAAGCCUUUAUCUGACAUCGGCAAUACCGUGGGAAAAUCAAAUGCACCAAAACCUAACCAGAGAAAGAAAUGGAGAAAAUCUGUGAUUCAACUUGUUCCUGUAGCAGCCCCAACUCCUCAGCCUGAAAUUACUGAAGCCAUCAAGAAACCAGAGAGCAGUGACAUUGAGGCAGAAAUCCCGUUACAGUUACCUAGAGCUAUGCGGUCAGCUGCCUCAAAUAGCAACCUAUUGAGAGAGAGGAAUUCUGAGCAGUCAGAUGUUUCUGUUGUAAAUAAAGAUGGUAGUGGUGCUCCAGCUCCAACAAGUCCACCACGACGACAAAGAAUGACAGAUGAGAAAGAGAACCGUGGCCUUUAAGUUGGUAUUUUUUUGGUGGACUUUCGUGCUGAUAUCUAACGGAAGCUAUGGACUGUUGGCGGUGAGGAUUGGUCAAUCCUCCAUUGAUCAGGUUUUUUUCAUUGGAUUAGCAGAAUGUAAUGGUGCUGUAAUUUAGUUGAUUAAAUAUGAUUGUACUCAGCAGUUUGUUCUAACAUUGAGUCCACUGUUUUGUACUCAAAGAUACGCACUGAAGUUUCUAUGCUUCUGUAUCGCAAUGAUACGAACCUGACCAUUUACUCUCGUUUACACUAAUUGCUGUUUUGAAUGAAAUUUAAGUCCCGUUUGCAUACCAUUUCAA